AUGCAAGCGAAAGAGAGGAAGCUAGAAGAUUUUGAGAAAGCUAUGCUCGACAGAAUGAAUAAGAUAGAACAAGAAUACAAAAUAAAGGAAAGAAAGAUGAAUGAGAAGGAAUCAGAAAAACAUCUGUAUAUGAGAGAUACAGAGAAAAGAUUAAAUGAAAGACUACAAGAGAUGGAAAUGAAACAUAAGCGUAAAGAACAGGAAUUGAUAGACAAAGAAAGAAAUAUAGAGAGAUUAAAGAACAAAUGGCACGAGAAAUUCCGACACCUAAACCUUCUUCAGAGAAUACAGGAAGAUCUGAUAAGAGAUAGAGACCAGCAUGACUACUCUUGCCACGAGCAGGAAAGCAGAAAAGAGAGUCCAAAGGACAUGAAUCAUGAGACCUUCGUGAAAGAAGUCACAACACAGAAGAAAAGAGGGCUUCAGAAUGAAGAAUUGAAGAAUGCAACUAGAGUGCACUUUGAGUCAGACAUCAGCUAUGCAGAUUUACAGAAGAAAGUAAUAGCUGAAGAGUUUGAAAUAAGGGUACAGAGAGAGAAGAAAGAGAGAGGUAAAGAGAAGCCGUCAUACAAAGCUCGACAGUCUGUUAUAAGUUCUUCUGAUGAAAAUAGUGAAGAAAUGACGAAACUGCUUAUACAGAAGAUUGAGCAGUUGGAUAAGAAAGUAGAUGUACUCCAGAAAGAAAACGAGGAAUACAAGAGCAAAACAACUACUCCAGGAAAUAGAGACAAAGACUACAGACAUUUUAGAGGCCGGGUAUACUAG